CCGCUUAUCAACAUAUGAGCUGUUCUCUCUGGCUAAGACUCGUGCAAUCCAUUUGGGUUGGUGAAAAACCUCUCUUUCUCUCUCACCCACCCCGGUUUUGCCGAAAAAUUCGGAACAAGCUGAGAAUUAAGCGGUACUUGAAUCACCCAAUUAGCGAUUUCUUCCUUGACUAUCCUUCAUAUUCGUUGAUCUGAUGAAUUGCCUAGGAAGUUCAUCGUUGUGAUGCAGCAAGGCACAAAUCCCCGCAAUUUUACGGUGGUGCCUCAAUGGCAUCCCCUUUUUGUCACUCUAUCUCUCAACGCCCUACCCGUGCCCUACCUUCUGUUCUGACUACCUCUUCGAUUCCGAGAUUCCGUAAGAUCUCACUGCCAUAUCAUCGUUCUUCAAGUUCUUCAAGCCUCGUCCGUUUACUUUCUACAUCCUCACGCGACAAAUUGAAACUAUCAUGUUUUAGACAAGAAGAUAUCUGUCCAGACUAUGUUGAAGGGGAGAUUUUGGGGGAUAAAUUUUCGGAAGGGCUAUUGAAAUCUGAUCAUCAACAAUCAAAGGCUAAAAAGGAUGAUUGGCCUUCUCGUCUCCAAAAUGCUGCAAAUGCAGUUUUUGGGACAGAACCUUGGACUGUUCCUUGGACAGCAAAGACCAUUGCUCAAGUGAUGCUACUCUGGAUUGCCUCAUUCUGGUUAGUAGGAUCUUGGCUAGUUCCAUAUUUGGCUCAUGCAGCAGGUUUCAGUAAAGAAACGUUAACAUACAGAGGGCAAGCGCUAUACAGUCUUUUGACGGAUGUAGUCGAAGGUCUAGCUGGAAUCGGAAUCAUCUACUUCUCCCUUUCCAAAUUCAGACCCCUUCCUUCCGACUGGUUCAGAUUUAGAAUCGACGGAAACAAAUGGCAGUUACAUGUUGGAUUAGGCUGCCUCAUGUUUCCAUUAGUCAACCGUCUCUCACAAGUGAACCUAAAUCUACUUCCUAUCUUUCCAUCUACUCCAGUUGCUGUUUCGAGCGUGGAGCAAUCGAUUUUUGCACGAGACCCUGUGGCUAUGGCAAUUUAUGCUAUCGUGGUUUCAGUUUGUGCACCUGUUUGGGAGGAGAUUGUGUUUAGAGGCUUCCUUUUGCCUUCGUUAACCAGGUAUAUGCCCGUUUGGUGCGCGAUUAUUGUUAGCUCGGUUGCUUUCGCACUUGCUCAUUUUAACAUGCAAAGGAUGCUGCCUCUUGUGUUUCUCGGGAUAGUGAUGGGUGCAGUUUUUGCUGGGUCUAGGAACCUGUUCGCGUCUAUGCUUUUGCAUAGUCUUUGGAAUGCUUUUGUCUUUUUAGAUCUUAUGAAAUAACGUUCUUGCUCUUUGUUUCAA